ACAGCAGAGGAAGAAGCAUGUUUGUUUCAUCAAAUGUUUUCAAGAGAACACGUGGAGAAAAUGAAGUUUAUUUUUACUUUGAUCUCAGUGUGUAUGGUGCUUGGCCAUGUUGGGUUCAGUGUUGAGACAGAUGGAGUGUCAGCAUCAGUGAUGGAGGGAGAUUCAAUCACUCUAAACACUAAUGUUGAAACAAACCGACAAGACAGAAUUAAAUGGUAUUUUAAUGGCAUUCGAAUAGCUCAAAUCAAUAGAAAUCAGAGUAAGAUUUGUACAGAUGUUCAGUGUAAUAAUGGUAAUGAAGGAUUUAGAGACAGACUGAAGCUGAAUCAUCAGACUGGAUCUCUGACCAUCAUGAACAUCAGAACUGAACACACUGGAGUUUAUCAGCUACAAAUCUUUAGCAGCAGCAGCAGUGAUAGAACCUUCAGUGUUUCUGUCCAUGGUGUUUCUGCUGCCGCACGAGAUGAAAUGAAGAUAAAGUCAAAGAAGGAGGGAGAUUCUGUCACUUUAGAUCCUGAUGUAAUGAGAAAACCAAAUUAUGUGAUGGCGUGGUAUUUUAAUGAAACUUGUAUUUCUGAAAUCACUGGAGAUCAGUGUAAGAUCUGUACAAACGAUCAGUGCAAAAACAGGUUCAGAGACAGACUGAAGCUGGAUCAACAGACUGGAUCUCUGAUCAUCAUGAACAUCAGAACCACAGACUCUGGACUCUAUACAGUAAAUAUCAGCAGCAGCAGAUUCAGCAUCAUAAAGAGCUUUGUUGUUGCUCUUAUUGAUUCACAUGUAGAAACUCCAGCACUGGAUCUACAUCCAGGCAUAAAUAAAAUAUUGUUAAAUGUAAUCAUAGCACUUCUAGUUGUGGCUUCAGCUGUUGGUGUGAUUUACAGUCUAUUCAGGAAAUAUAACGGAAAAAGACAAAAGUAUGGUGUGGACUCAGUGUCAAUAACAGAGGGAGAAUCUGUCACUCUUAUGACUAAUAUUGAAAUACAAAGAAAAGAUCAGAUUCUGUGGAAAUUUGGAGAUGACAACACUCCUAUAGCUAAAAUCAAAGGAGGUUAUAAGACCUCUGUACAUGAUAAUGAUGAUGAGAGAUUCAGAGACAGACUGAAGCUGGACAAGAAGACUGGAUCUUUGAUCAUCACAAACACCAGAACCACAGAUGCUGGAGUUUAUACUCUACAGGUCAACAGAAAUGGGAAAACCUCAUUUAAGUUGUCCAGUGUUUCAGUCUAUGUGAAGUCAGUGUCAGUGAUGGAGGGAGACUCUGUCACUCUACAUGUUGACCUAACUGAAACAGAGAAAGCUGAGCAGAUACUGUGGAUGCCUAGAACUGAAAACACAUGUAUAGCUGAAAUCAACAAUUUGGACAAUAAAGUCGCAUGUUACAAUGAUGCUCUUAAUGGGAAAUUCAAAUACAGACUGCAGCUGGAUCAUCAGACUGGAUCUCUGACAAUCAAGAACAGCAGAAUCACAGACUCUGGAGUUUAUCAACUGAAGAUCGUCAAAAAUAAAGAAACCUCACUGAAGUUAUUCAGUGUUUCUGUCUCUUGCUCCAAUGCAAACAGAAUUAAGUCAGAAGAAACCAUUGUGCCUUGGAUGAAUAGACUUUCAGUUGCUUCAGUAUGAAACUACUUUAAUAUUUCUACUUGCUGAAGGCUCUAAAAUUAUUUCUAGAAUAUUCUAGAAACCCAUUACUUUGUGUUUGAGGAACAGUUAAAAAUUGUUUGACUAUGUCAAAGUCAACAUUUUUGAACUCUUUGCGAGAUCUUGAAACGUUUA